CACCGCAAUUUGCAAGUUUUGGCAGCUGCUAUCUUACAACCCUCUCAUUCAACUUCCAAAUAAAUCAUAUUCCACUCACUUUUCACUCCCUGCCAGGUUUCUAGCUUGUCGAAGACGGUUAUGGAUCAUAAUCUCACAAGUUUGCCUGACUACUACUCCAUAAAGAGACUCGGAUUGGAGAAUCCGAGCGAGGGUGCGCUUUCACAACAACAUCCUAACCACGCUCUUUCGAUAGACUCUAACCGCGUCAUCAACUACCUUAACAAGAUACUACUAGAGGACGAUACUGAUGAGAAUAAUGAUGAAUUCAUGUUCUCUGAUCCUAAUGCACUAAGAGCUGCAGAGCAUUACUUUUAUGAAGCCUUGGGUGAGAACCCCACCUUUGAAAGCAGUGUCGAAAGCACAGAAGGCACCUCCGGUUCUGAUGUUAAUCUUUAUAGUUCUGCUCUAGGAGAGUUUAAAUCUAAUGGCACAAGUGACCUCUGGAUCCAGUCUUCUUCAUCAAAUCACACUAACCAGGAUGUUUUAAAUGACUCUUUAUAUAGCUUUGGUAGUGCUAAUUUGGUUCCAAAUAUACUUUUUGAUGAUCAAACUGCGCCCAUUUUACAAUUCCAGAGAAGUGUGGAGGAAUCAAGAAGAUUUUUUCCUGCCAUUAAUCCGAUGGUCAUCCAUUUCGAUGAUAAAUACUCAUUGCACCCGGUGACAAGCGAGGAAUUGACCAGUGGUAGUGCUGUGAGUGCAGAGAAGGAGGAUCAUUCAGCCGGUUCUUGUAGGAGAAGGAAGCAUGAUCGUCCAGUUGAAGAAAAAGAAGAGGAGGAAAGGAGCAGGAAGCAGAGUGCAGCUUGUAAAGAGGAAGUUGAGUUAUCAGAGGUGUUUGAUAAGGUUUUACUGUGUGCUGAUGAUAAUGAUGAUCCUUCACCUGGAGCAGGAAAGCAACAACCGCGAGGGCGAAAUGGUUACAAGAGCCGUUCGAAUAAACGAGGGGACAGCUGUGGAAUUGUUGAUGUUGAGUCUCUUUUGAUCAGCUGUGCAAAAUGUGUAGCUGAUGCUGAUUACAUGGCUGCAGAACAACAACUGAAGGAGAUCAGGCAGUACUCAUCCCCUACAGGUGAUGCAAACCAAAGGCUGGCACAUUCAUUUGCUGACGGUCUUGAAGCACGGAUGGCUGGAACUUGGCCGGAACUUUAUCCUUCAUUUCGCAACAAGACUGCAGUUUCCGAAUUGCAGAAAUCCCACAUGUCAUCAACUUUGCCAUUUAUGAGGAUCGUAAUCUUCUUUGCGAAUAAAAUGAUUUACGAAGUAGCAUCAAGAGGCGCAUCAUUACACGUAAUAGACUUUGGCAUUCUUCAUGGUAUUCAAUGGCCCACUCUUAUUCGAGAUCUUUCACGAAGACGCGGUGGCCCUCCAAAACUUCGAAUAACCGGGAUUGAACUUCCCCAACCUGGUUUCCGUCCGUCGCAAAUGUUAGAAGAGACUGGUUGUCGCUUAGCUAAAUAUUGUGAGUUUUUUAAUGUGCCAUUCGAAUACAAUGGCAUAACAGCAACAAAUUGGGAGGCAAUUAAGAUUGGUGACUUGAAGCUCCAAAAGGGUGAGGUGGUUGCUGUUAAUUGUAUUGAUCGAUUCAAACUCCUACUUGAUGAGACAGUAUGUGGUGCGGACAACCCGAGGGAUGUUGUUCUAAAGUUAAUCCGAGAUAUAAACCCUCACAUUUUUGCGCAUUCUGUUCUUAGUGCAUCUCACAGCUCUCCUUUCUUUGUCAAUCGGUUCCGGGAGGCUCUUUACUUCUGCUCUGCCCUCUUUGAUAUGUUUGAAGCUAUUUUCCCUCGCCAUGAUAGUCAAAGGUUAAAUUUCGAACAAGCAUUUUUGGGUCCUGUAAUAACAAAUAUUGUAGCAUGUGAGGGCAUGGAAAGGUUCGAGAGGCCUGAAACAUACAAGCAGUGGCAAUGUCGUAGUCUGAGGGCUGGGUUCAAGCCUCUACCUCCGAACCCCAAAGUUGUGAAGAAGUUGAGAGCUAAGGCGAGGGAAGCAGGUCACAGAGAUUUUCUAUUUGCUGAAGACGGCCACUGGGUUCUCCAAGGGUGGAAAGGCCGAAUUCUUUCUGCUAGCUCUGUCUGGAUACCUCACAAACCGUGAUUUAUUGAUUAUGUGGUAAACCAUGUUUCUUUUGUUGGGAUAUGUCCUCAGAAAGUUGGGUGCACUGUAAUGGAAUUAAUUUCAUAGCAACAUCCUUCUUCUUUGUUUUCCACGUAGAAAUAAAAACAAAAAGGGAAAAGUGUCAAAUUUGCUCUCUACUCUAUACGGAAAGUCAAUUAUGCUCUCUUACUUGAUUUUUCAUCAAUUAAGUUCUCCUACUUUGAAAUUUUCAUCAAAACCAACUUUUAGCAGGUAACCCGCUAGGUCAGUAGGUAAUGGCGCACACGUGGCCUGACAUGGCGCACAUGUGGCCUAACACAACACAUAUGUGGCAUCCACCUCAUUUCCCCCUUUUUUCAUUUUCUUUUCCUUUUCCCCCUUUCCCCCUUUCUCCUUCAUCGUUACCUCUUUCCUUCCGACCUUCCCCCGGCGUACAACCACCAGGUCCACCAAUCCACCAGACACCUCCUCUUCUCUUCCUCACCAAAUCUGAAACAAAACUUGUCGAUUCAUAGCCUUUCUGUUUCUUUUCCUUCACCACCACGCCGGCCGGCACAAGUCCAGAUCGGAAUCCUAUGGACGGCGGCAACAAGUCUUCCGGUCAGUAUUCCUAUGCGAGCCACAAGUCGAGACCCCAAGCCGGCAUGCCAAUCGGUUACAGGUUGCUCGUGCCAUCCUCCAGGUCAACGACGAUUCUCAAUUCUGGCAAAGCUUCUCCGGCGAUAGUGCAAGUCGAAGGAAGGAAACCGGAAAAGGUUCUGUGGAGGUAGCGAAGGUCGAAGGAAGAAAAGUGACAAAGCUUCUCCGCCGGACGCCGGACGAAGUUUGUCCUAACGGGUGACCUGUAGAAGAAUUUUAGAGGAAGAAAAACAGGUCUGCAGAAGGAAGAGAGGGAGAUCCGGGAAAGAGGAGGAAAGAAAUAAAAAGGAGAAAGAAAAAAGAAAAAGAAAGGAAAAAUAAAAAUCGACGUGGCCCGCCACGUGUUGUUGUGUUAGGCCACGUUGGUGCCAUGUCAGCAGGUAACCUGCUGACGGGGUGGGUUACCUGCUAAAAGUCGAUUUUGACGAAAAUUUUAAAUUAGAAGAGCUUAAUUGAUGAAACUUAAAGUACGAAGGCAUAAUUGAUUUUCCGUACAGAGUAUGAGGGUCAAUUUGACACUUUCCUAAAAAAACUAUUUGUUGUGUAAUAAUAUUGCAUUUUUAGUUUAGUUUUAUUGUGAAAUGAAGAAUAUGAAGAGCAAAUUUAACAGAUCGAUAUAUUAAUAAAAGCUCUGAAU